AAGUUUAGGUACAGGGAAAUCUGCUUCCUUCUUGCUCUCUCUUGAGCUGGGCAGGCUGGGAAAGACUGCAUGUUUAGAUUCAUGUCUAAAUUUAAACCCUGAUUGCUUUGCCUCUCCCCACCCUCUCUUCCUCUCCCCCACCCUCCUCUCCUUCCUUGUUCUCUAGUGCAGGCCUCUUAGGACUGACAGUUUUUAAGCUGAGCAGGGACUGGGAUAUUAAACUCUCUCAAGCAGCUUUUCCCCCCUUGCCUCCUUCAGAGUCUUUGAGUCUGCAGACAGAAGAGGGACAGUGGAAAGAGGAAGGGAAUGGGGGAACAAAUAUUGCCCAAGGACAUCCCACACCUGCAUAGUAGAGAGGAUAAACCAUCAGAUACUAAUGUGGUGGAACAGAAGCCUGCAACUCUGUCUGUGGCACAACUAGCAGGGAAAUUCCAAGAUCAACCACCUGUUUCUGGAAAGGAGAUACCAGCCCCUAAACCAACCCGCCGAAAACCACCAUGUUCCCUCCCUCUCCAUGCACACAAGACAGAGCCUGGCCAGAAUGGUGACCUUAAACCUUCUCCAAAUACUUCUCAUCCUCCAAAGGUAAAGGUAAAAAGCUCUCCCAUGAUUGAAAAACUUCAGGCCAAUCUGGCAUUUGCUCCAGCUUCAUUACUGCCAGGUGCUUCUCCCAAAAGUCCUGGCCUAAAAGUGAUGGUUUCUCCAUUUAACAGCCCACACACUACUCCCAGCUGCCCGCAAAUUCAGCCUCAUGCAAAUGAAUCAAAGGAGACACCAGCUAGCUUUGAUCAACCACCAGAGGGCACUCAUCUUCAGUUUUAUAAUAAGGUACGAACACGAGGAUCAAUGAAACGCAGGCCACCCUCUAGAAGAUUUCGAAAGUCACAGUCAGAGUGUGAUGACCAGGAUUUUCAGGUGACUGUUUCACCUCAGGAAAAUGGUGCCAAGGAAGAAGAGGAUGAGAAUGGUUUAUUCAUGGACAAGAGUAAGACUGUGAAAUCACUCUCUCCCACUGUAGAUGGAAUAGAUCACAAUAUGAAACAAAACAGGAGCACAUCUGAUGAAAAAACCCUAUCAUGUCAGAGAUCUGGAAGAACUGCAAACAAAGAGAGAGACAUGGGAACAGAAAAAGGGACAUUAGAUAAGGACAGUGAAGAAGAGAAGCCUCACCAGAACCUUGCAGAGGAAAACCCAUGUGAGAACAUUGAGGAGGACAAGGAGAGAAAUCCAGGUAGCAGCACUGCAGAGAAUACUUUGCUGAAUAGGGAAGAUGGCAAUGCUUCUGACCAGGAAAACAGAGAUAAAGGAAAGAGGAAAGAUAACUUCUUUAACAGUGAAAACACACAACAGGGAUCAGACACAAAAGACACUGGGACUCCACAGUCUGCAGGAAACAUGGAAACUGCAGCAAGCACCAGUGUGUGAUAAAUAUAAUACAAGAACUGGCUGUAUACUGUAGGAGGGCACGGAGAUAAAGGUAGGAUUCCCAACACAGUGCUUGCUUCUGAAUGACCUCAAGCUCAUUUUAAUAUAAAAAUUCCAAGGCUGCCAGUAUUAUUCUUUUCCUUUUGGCAGUCCUUAGGCUCUUUACUGAGCAAAGCUGGUCAACUUGAAUGGAAAACAGCCUGGUACAGACAAUGCUAAGCUUCUCAAGCUGGUGAUUCUCCAAGAAGAAAGAUGAAGAAAAGUCUUCUCUGUUCAGUUACAGAAAACAGCAGCUGCUGAGGCGUCACAUUUCACUCCACUGUCCAGCUCUAACAGUAACAGCAUUUUUUUCAAAUGGAAAGAACUCUAAUGCAUUUAAUUACAUUUUUUUGAUUAAAGUGGACAUUUCCAAA